UCCAGCUCACCAAAUCCAUCCAUGUAGUACAUCUCAACAAAGCAGUACAAAUCCUAUAUUUCAAUAAAUUUAGCUAUUUUCAGGGUUACAAAAAUAAAAUCCGGUCUUUGCCUUAUUUUCUAGUCCCUUUCUUCCCACACGCCCACGGAUUCAUCUUCAUCUCUCUCUCAACACAAUCAAUUAAAAGUGCCAUAAUCACCUCUAUUUAAUGAAUUAAAUUGCUUUUAAUCAUUUUCUUUUCUUCCAUCUCAGCCUCAAAGCACAAAUUAAUUAAUUGCGUAUUCAGGCGGAAUCUUGUUCCGUAGAUUGUCUUGCUCCUCUGUCGCGGAGGUGGUUGAGGGAGGUUUUUUGAGACGGCGUUGACCAUGAGGGGCCUGCAGUUGACCGCCGCCUCCGGAAAGGGGUCGGGAUUACCGGCGCAGGAUGCCGGCGAGGAGGAUAGGCUGCUGAGCUCGUCUGAUGAGGAAAGUUCCGGGAAUUUGCGGAGGAUGCAGGUGCGAGUGACGGGGAUGACGUGUGCGGCGUGCUCGAAUUCCGUGGAAUCGGCUCUCAUGAGCUUGGAUGGCGUCGUUAGAGCCUCCGUCGCCUUGCUUCAGAACAGGGCUGAUGUCAGCUUCGAUCCCGCCUUAGUAAAGGAUGAAGACAUUAUAAAUUCCAUAGAUGAUGCUGGAUUUGAGGCAGAAAUUCUACCCGAGCCGACCACAUCUCAGUCUAAGCCGCACAGGACCUUAAUUGGUCAGUUCACAAUUGGUGGAAUGACAUGUGCUGCGUGUGUAAAUUCUGUAGAAGGGAUCCUAUGGAAGCUACCUGGUGUGGAAAAAGCUGUAGUCGCCUUGGCUACCUCAUUUGGAGAGGUUGAGUACAAUCCAACCAUUAUCAGUAAGGAGGAUAUAAUCAAUGCAAUCGAAGAUGCUGGUUUUGAAGCUUCAUUUGUACAGAGUAAUGAGCAGGAUAAAAUUGUGGUAGGGGUUGCUGGGGUUGUAAGUGAAAUGGAUGUACAGGUGUUAGAAGGAAAUCUUUGCAACUUAAAGGGUGUGAAGCAAUUUAAUUUUGAUCGAAGAUCUAGAGAGUUGGAAAUACAUUUUGAUCCGGAGCUCCUCAGUCCGAGAAUGAUUGUUGAUGAGAUUGAAAGUUCCAGUUAUGGAAAAAUGAAGUUACUUGUAAAAAACCCUUAUUCUAGAAUGUCUUCUAAGGAUCUGGAAGAGUCUUCACACAUGUUUCGGCUGUUUACAGCGAGCUUGCUUAUCUGCGUUCCUGUCAUGUUCAUGCAGGUCAUCUGUCCUCACAUACCCCUGUUAUAUUCUUUACUACUUAGGCGUUGUGGUCCAUUCCAAAUGGGUGAUUGGCUGAAAUGGGCUUUAGUCACAGUUGUGCAAUUUGUUAUAGGCAAGCGCUUCUAUGUUGCAGCUGGCAGAGCACUCAGAAAUGGUUCGACCAACAUGGAUGUCCUGGUUGCAUUGGGAACAUCAGCAUCAUACUUUUACUCUGUAUGCGCAUUACUGUACGGUGCCAUGACUGGGUUCUGGUCCCCGACUUACUUUGAAGCAAGUGCAAUGCUAAUUACAUUUGUACUUUUCGGAAAGUAUUUGGAAAGUCUUGCAAAAGGAAAGACAUCUGAUGCUAUCAAAAAGCUAGUGGAGCUUGCUCCUGCUACUGCUAUACUGCUUAUCAAAGACAAAGGUGGGAAAAUCGUAGGAGAGAGAGAAAUUGAUGCUUUAUUGAUUCAGCCUGGUGAUAUAUUAAAAGUACUCCCUGGGACAAAGGUUCCUGCCGAUGGUUCAGUUGUAUGGGGUUCAAGUUAUGUAAAUGAGAGUAUGGUUACUGGUGAAUCUGCUCCGGUUCUGAAAGAAGUCAAUUCUUUAGUUAUCGGAGGUACAAUCAACUUGCAUGGUGCCCUUCACGUACAAGCCAACAAAGUAGGCUCUAACACGGUUUUAAGCCAAAUUAUCUCUCUGGUUGAGACGGCCCAGAUGUCUAAAGCUCCCAUUCAAAAAUUUGCGGACUUUAUUGCAAGCGUUUUUGUCCCUGUUGUAGUAAGUUUGUCAUUGUUGACCUUGUUUGGAUGGUAUCUUGCUGGGGUUCUCGGAGGCUACCCUGUGGAGUGGCUGCCUCAGAAUAGCAAUUAUUUUGUUUUUGCUCUUAUGUUUGCAAUUUCAGUUGUGGUAAUUGCGUGUCCAUGCGCACUUGGAUUGGCCACUCCAACAGCUGUCAUGGUGGCAACAGGGGUUGGAGCUAACAAUGGCGUGCUUAUAAAAGGAGGAGAUGCAUUGGAGAAGGCACAAAAGGUCAAUUACGUCAUAUUCGAUAAGACUGGAACAUUAACCCAGGGGAAGGCCACGGUAGCCACAGCAAAAGUUUUUUCUGGCAUGGAUCGUGGUGAUUUUCUUACAUUAGUGGCUUCGGCAGAGGCUAGUAGUGAGCACCCUCUGGCCAAAGCAAUACUUGAAUAUGCCCGUCAUUUCCAUUUCUUUGAUGAACCUGCUUCUACUAACUCCUUUGGAUGGCUUCUUGAAGUCUCGGACUUUUGUGCUUUGCCUGGACAAGGUGUGCAAUGCUUUAUAGGCGGCAAAAAGAUUUUGGUAAGUACUUUGAACCAGUUUUACUUGUCUCCAUACUCGAUACCCAGGAGAAAAAAGGUUGGUAACCGGAAGCUGAUGAUGGAAAAUCGUGUUGCUAUAUUGGACCAUGUUGAGGAUUUUGUUGUAGAGUUGGAAGAAAGUGCCAAGACCGGUAUACUUGUGGCUUACGAUAAUGACAUUAUUGGUGUUAUAGGUGUUGCAGAUCCAUUAAAGAGAGAGGCUCCUGUUGUCAUCGAGGGCCUCAAGAAGAUGGGUGUGAAUCCAGUUAUGGUUACUGGCGAUAAUUGGCGAACAGCCAGAGCUGUUGCAAAGGAGGUCGGCAUCACGGACGUUCGGGCAGAGGUUAUGCCCUCGGGAAAAGCUGAUGUCAUCCGCUCGUUCCAGAAAAAUGGGAGCGUGGUUGCAAUGGUGGGGGACGGAAUCAACGACUCCCCGGCACUGGCGGCAGCCGAUGUGGGAAUGGCCAUUGGGGCCGGGACUGACAUUGCAAUCGAGGCUGCCGAUUAUGUGCUCAUGAGGAGCAGCUUGGAGGAUGUGAUAACUGCUAUCGAUCUCUCGAGAAAGACGUUUUCGCGUAUCAGGUUGAAUUACGUGUUUGCAAGCGCUUAUAAUGUGGUGGCUAUACCGGUGGCUGCCGGAGUUUUGUUUCCGUGGCUGGGAAUAAAACUGCCGCCGUGGGUGGCCGGAGCUUGCAUGGCGCUAUCGUCUGUGACCGUCGUGUGCUCCUCGUUGAUGCUUAGGAGAUAUAGGAAACCCAGGCUUACAACUAUACUGGAGAUCACUGUCGAGUAGAAGUUUAGAGGGGAAAUUGGGAAAAACAAAAAGGAAAAAAAAUCUUAUUUCUUUGUCAUUUUCUGUUAUUCUUUUUGCCCCCUUAGUUUUGGCCUUUAUCAGACUCUUGGGCAUUGUUUGUACCAAAUGUAAAUGUAAUAUGUUGUAUUGUGUAGAAUUUUUAGCAUUUGCAGUGGCCACUAUGAUUUUGGACAUUAUGCUAGUCUACAUUAAUACUAAGGGCGUGUUUGGAUACAAAUUUAUAUGCUAAAAGCGAGUUUUUUUGUUAAUCAUUGUUAAUUUUAAAAA